CCACUGGCCAUCUCUAUCUCUCUGUGCAGCGCCCACUGGUCUCUCUAUCUGUGUAAUAUCCCUACUAUUCGGAGGAAUUAAAAAAAUGGAUAGAUUCCCCAAGAACUGGAGGGAGACGGACAUUCCUAGUUUUCUUACCCUAUAAAAUCAAAUCAAAGACCCUAAUUCUCUCCAUCCAUCCAUCCGAUCUACAAUUCCCUCUUCGCCUGCUCUGCUCUGUUCUUCUCGCAACCUCGAUCGUCUCCUCAGAAAAGAGAAAGGGGAAAAAAGCCCCAAAGCGCCACUGCUCAAUUGAAUUCAAAUCGAAUCGAUCCAAUCGAGAUAUAGUUCAAUGUUCACAAGUUGCGCCAUCGUAACUGGUACAGGAAUUCCAUUCCUAUCUGGAAACCGCUUGUCAUCCGCAGGAACCACCAGAUCUUCUUCCAGUGGUAGGAUGUCAUUCACCGGUGCCAGCAAUCCCAUCCCGUCUUGGAUUACCAUAGAAGCCUUCGCCGAUUCCGCCACCAAUACCAGAUCAAGAAGAAGAGUAGAGGAGAUGAAACCAACACCACCACCGGCGGGGAACCUUUACGAGGUCCUGCGGGUCAAGGAAAACGCUUCCCAGGUUGAGAUCAAAACCGCUUACCGUAGCCUCGCCAAGCUCUAUCAUCCAGAUGCGGCGACAUCUGACUCUGAUUCUAGGGAUUUCAUAGAGAUCCAUAAGGCAUACUCUACGCUGUCAGAUCCUACGGCUAGGGCUCGUUACGACCUCUGUAUCGCCGCCCGGAGACGUUCCACCUCCUCAUCUUUCUCCGCCGCCUCUAGCUUCGUCGUGGGUGGGACUCGGACCAGAAGGUGGGAAACCGACCAGUGCUGGUAAUGGUUGGUAGGUGAUUCAUGACGGUUUGACCCCUUACCACCUCCUCCACAACCCAGUGAUCCUACGACUGACAAUGCCCUGCCACUUGUACAAAUAUCGGAUGACGUGGCACAUGAUCACCUCAUUUUCUUUCCAUUUUUCAUUCACUAAGGAUGUAAUAUUGUAUUGAAUUUUUAUCAAAAAAAAAAAUUUAUUGUAUUGAA